AUGGGGAGCUCGACAGAUUCAGAUAUUGCUGCAAAACUAACCGCAACUCAGAAGACUCUUAUUGAAUGGGGAGGUAACAGGGGCCCGAAUUAUAAGAAGAGAGCAGCUGGGCUUCGGAAUCGUAUGGGACGCCUGAAUGUUAACAGUGAUGAUAGGCGGAGAGCGGAAUACAGCAGGUUAGCCAUGGAGUAUCACGCGUUGCUUGGGGAAGAAGAAGUUUACUGGAAACAGCGAGCUAAGAGCUUCUGGCUAGCACAUGGAGAUGCCAAUACACGGUAUUUCCACAAUUUUGCAACUGCUAGGAAGAAAGGAAAUCAAGUGAAUAAGCUUAGAGACGAAUGUGGGAUUUGGAGAACUUCUAAAGAGGAGGUUGCAGGCAUAAAGCAGAGGUAUUUUAGUUCUCUUUUUACUGAAAAUCAAUUUGGCCCUAUUGAGUUUGUGGAGAUUGCUUCUCGUGUAUCUGAAGAUGAAAAUGGUUGUUUAAUGAGCCCUGUCUCUGAUUGGGAAGUAAAGAAUGCGGUGUUUAGCAUGCAUAAUGAUAAGUCUCCGGGUCCAGACGGCUUUAAUCCGGCGUUUUUUAAAAAUUAUUGGGGUGUGGUGGGGAAGGAUGUGAUUAAGCUUUGUAGAGACUUUUUUGCUACAGGUUGUUUUAAAAGUGGCUUGAAUGAUACUGCUUUAGUUUUGAUUCCUAAAGUUAGUAAUCCGGAGUAUAUGACUGAACUUCGGCCUAUUUCUUUGUGCAAUGUGUCCUAUAAAAUCAUUUCAAAAGUGUUAGCCAAUCGAAUGAAGAAAUUAAUGCCUAAUAUUAUCUCAGAGAACCAAAGCGCUUUUGUUGAAAACAGGCUUAUUACUGAUAAUUUUUUAAUUGCGUAUGAGAUUGGCCAUUAUUUGAGACGGAAAAGAAGAGGGAAGUUGGGUAUGGCGGCGCUUAAAAUUGACAUGAGUAAAGCUUAUGAUAGAGUUCGUUGGGAUUUUGUCGAGUUUAUGCUUAAGAAGUUGGGGUUUUGCGACGCUUGGGUAAAAUUGGUGAUGUAUUGUAUCUCUUCGGUCACUUAUUCCAGUAUUGGUGACUGUGAGCUGCUCGACCCUAUUAUUCCUAGCAGAGGCUUGAGACAAGGCGAUCCCCUCUCGCCGUAUCUGUUUAUUAUUUGCGCGGAAGGCCUUAGCUUACUUCUUAAAAAUGAAGAGAAUGGAGGUAAAUUGCACGGGGUAGAAGUUUGUAGGGGAGCUCCUACGAUUAGCCAUCUUUUCUUUGCGGAUGAUUGUUUUCUCUUUUUCCGAGCUUCGAAAGAGGAAAUGACUACCGUAAAAGGGGUGCUUGAUAAUUAUGAGAGUCUCUCGGGCCAAAAGGUAAAUCUCCAAAAAUCCAAUAUUAUCUUUAGCACAAAUGUUUUGUUGGCAGAUAGAGUGGGUAUUCGGUCGGUGUUGAAUGUGGAUGAGGCGAGUGAUAGUGGGAAAUAUUUAGGCCUCCCAUCUUUGGUUGGUAAAAAUAAGACCGCUAUUUUUGAUUUUGUUCGGGAAAGAGUUUGGAGUAAGGUGAAAGGGUGGAAUUCAAAGUUUUUAUCUAGAGGGGGAAAGGAGAUUCUUAUUAAAACGGUUGCACAAUCUAUGCCAAAUUAUGUGAUGAAUGUGUUUUUAAUCCCUCGCCGUCUUUGUGAGGAGCUUGAAAGGAUGCUUAAUUCGUUUUGGUGGGGUAGAGAUAGAGAGAAGAGGAAGGGCAUUAAUUGGGCAAGUUGGGAUAGACUUUGUAUCCCGAAAAAAUUUGGCGGUAUGGGGUUUAAAAAGAUUCGAGAGUUUAAUCUAGCUAUGUUGGCUCGCCAAGCUUGGCGGUUUAUCACCGAGGAGAAUAAUUUGAUGGUGAAAGUCUUCAAAGCUAGAUAUUUUCCGAAUUCUACAUUCUUAGAGGCCAAGUUAGGUGCGAAUCCGAGUUACGUGUGGAGAAGUAUUUUUGAGACGCAAGCAGUGAUGAUUAUGGGUACUAGAGUGAGGCUGGGUAAUGGAAGGAGAACCAAAAUUUGGGGUAGUCCUUGGGUGUUGGGCGAAGGCAGUGGGGUGUUAUCUACUCCUAUGCCGGAUAACCUAGUUGAUGCAAAGGUUUGCGAUUUGUUUGAGGUUGGCGGCAAUAGAUGGGAUGUAGGUCUUGUGAGGGAUAUUUUUAACAAUGGUGAUGCGGAUAGAAUUCUAAAUAUUCCUACGAGUACUCGUGAUGUUAACGAUGGUUGGUUUUGGCACUUGGACUCAAAAGGUAAAUUUUCUGUCCGGAGUUGUUAUCGAGCAGUGUUUGGGCAUGUUAUGGAGAAUCCGAGUGGCCUUUGGAAUCUGAUUUGGCACUUAUCUAUUCCUCUUCACAUCCGAAAUUUUCUUUGGAGGGUGUGUAAGGAUUUUUUGCCGACCUCGGAAGCGCUAGAAAGAAGAAAAGUCUUCGUUUUCAAUCAAUGUGCUGUGUGUUCAGCGGGGCUUGACAAUGCUGCUCACAUUUUGUAUUUCUGUCCAGUUGCUCGUAGUGUUUGGCAGGUUAUCAAGGUGCCUUUGUUUGUGGAGGAUAGGUCGGUUGCUGAUUGGUGUUUGAGGUGGUUAACUGAACUUAAGAUGGAAGACAAGGCUUUGGUCGCUGUUGCUUGUUGGAAUCUCUGGCUGAACAGGAAUAAUUCGGUCUGGAAUAGUAACUCUGGCACGGCAGAGUCUAUCUUGGCAGCAGUGAGUUCUCAGUCCUCUUCUUGGAGUAUGGCUCAUGGAGCGGCGGUUCAGCAUAGAACAGCAGCUCUUCGGCCGGAAGAUGGGAAGAUCAGAUGGAGUCCUCCGCCUCAAGGUUUCCUUAAAGCAAACGUGGAUGCUGCAGUGUUCUCCGGGAAUGAUGGUAUAGGUAUUGGCAUUGUUGUGAGGGACUGGCGCGGUUGUGUUGUUCGUGCUAGACAAGUUCAUUUGAGGGAAAACAAUGGCCCAAGAUCAGCAGAAACUAUUGGCAUUAGAGAGGCAUUAAGUUGGUUAAAAGAGUAUCCAAACUUAAUGAUAGAGUCUGAUGCGAUGGAUGUCGUGUUAGAGCUGAGGAACCCGAGUGCAGUGGAAGCAGACUUCUUAAUUGGCGAUUGUUUAGAUUUAACAAAGCAGUUCAAUAACGUUAUUUUUGUUUUCGUGAGGCGAUCUGCGAAUCAGGCAGCGCACGUGUUAGCGCAAUAUGCCCGUUCCAUUUCAGGUCAUCAGGAGUGGUUGUGUCACUUCCCUGAUUUUCUCACAAAUCUAAGGGAGGGGAGUUCAGGUAUUUUUUUUGACCCCCAACGCGUACCGGAUGACGUUGGAGAAAUUAAGAAUGUUCAUUUACUAAGGGAGGGGAGUUCAGGUAUUUUUUUUGACCCCCAACCCGUACCGGAUGACGUUGGAGACAAUAAGAAUGUUCAUUUACUAAGGGAGGGGAGUUCAGGAAAUGAAGUACUACCACAAGUAGCAGCUGAUUCAAUAGCAGUUCUCCUUUCCUUAACAAGUAAGCAACUAAGGGAGGGGAGUUUAGGUAUGUUUUUUGACCCCCAACGCGUACUGGAUGACGUUGGAGACAAUAAGAAUGUUCAUUUACUAAGAAGUUUAGCAUUCCCGAAAACAUCUAAGGGAAGGGAGUUUAGGUAUGUUUUUGACCCCCAACGCGUACCGGAUGACGUUGAAACCUUAACGGAUGUUUUACAGGGUGUUGAAGAUUAUAAGAAUCUAAGGGAGGGGAGUUUAAGUGAGUUUUUUGAUCCCCAACGCGUACCGGAUGACCAUUCCCGAAAACAUCUAAGGGAGGGGAGUUUAGCAUUCCCGAAAACAUCUAAGGGAGGGGAGUUUAGCUAA